AUGGAGCAUCCCUUGAUAGGAGAGGAGCUGACGCCAGGACGUGUGUCCCACGUGAUCGUGACGUCACAACAUCAUCUAGAAAUAGGCCUAAAGGUGUUUCAGAGAAGGAUGGACGGAUCUGAAGAUUUCUACAGAAGCUGGAACGAAUACAGAGACGGGUUUGGUGACGUAGACCGAGAAUUCUGGCUAGACUGUUGCCGACUGUUGCGUCUUUUGCCGACUGUUGCCGACUGUUGCGGACUGUCACAGACUGUUGUGGCCUGUUGCAGACUGUUGCGGACUGUUGCAGACUGUUGCGUCUGUUUCAGACUGCUGCAGACUGUUGCGAACUGUUGCAGACUGUUGCGUCUGUUUCAGACUGUUGCGGACUGUUGCGUCUGUUGCCGACUGUUGCGAACUGUUGCCGACUGUUGUGGACUGUUUCAGACUGUUGCCGACUGUUGCAGACUGUUGCGUCUGUUUCAGACUGUUGCGUCUGUUUCAGACUGUUGCAGACUGUUGCGAACUGUUGCAGCCUGUCGCGGAGUGUUGCCGACUGUUGCAGACUGUUACAGACUGUUGCGAACUGUUACAGACUGUUGCGAACUGUUGCCGACUGUUGCCGACUGUUGCGAACUGUUGCGGACUGUUACAGACUGUUGUCGACUGUUGCGAACUGUUGCCGACUGUUGCGGACUGUUGCAUACUGUUGCAGACUGUCGCGGACUGUUACAGACUGUUGCCGACUGUUGCGAACUGUUGCCGACUGUUGCGGACUGUUGCAUACUGUUGCAUACUGUCGCGGACUGUUACAGACUGCUGCGGACUAUUGCAGACUGUUGCGGACUGUAA